AUGGGGUUGCAGAGAGUUCACCGAUGGUAUGAAGUGGCUUGCAGAUCAUCACCAGCCCCUGAGGGAAGAGCCAGCGCGGCACGAAGGCAAGGCACCAGCCAAACACCGCCCCUCCCUGUCGCCGGGGGGCAGCCGUGGGAGCCCCGUUGGUGCCGUACGACCCCCGUUAGUGCCUCAGGACGCCCGGGGGCAGCCGCAGGACCGCCGGGGGCGCUGCCGCCCUCACACGGCGCUGCCUCCCCCCCGCCUCGGAGCCCGCCCGCCGCCAUUCACCCCUCAGCGCCGCGCUUCCCGCCUCAGGGCCAACGGCUCUCGCGAGAAGGGGGGGUGAAGGAGGCGCCGCCAUUUUGUCGCCGCUGUCGGCGGGCGCUGCCAUGGAGCCGUGUGGUGGCGGCAGGCGGCUCAGGGGAGCUGCGGAGGGAGGCGGCGGAGUAUUACCGGGGCCAGCGGGUGCCGCAGCGGGUGGAGGAGGCGCUCAACGCCCUCUUCCCGCUGUGCCCCGCGGAUCUCUACGGGGCCUUGGCUAACUACUUGUCUACAUUUUCAAAAGCUCCAGUAAUAUGCAAAUUAGCUGGAAGAAAAGUUCUUGAUGGAGUUGGUAAACCAACAUUAGAAGUGGAAAUAUACUGUACAGUUAAAAACUAUGAGAAGAGGAUUUGUUCUGCUAUAAUGUCUUCUCAUUCUCAUGUACCCGAAAAUACUUCACCUGAAAUAACUGAAGGUGAUGAGAAAGAAAGAAAUGACACUGUUACCACUGCUGUGGAAUGGGUGAAUGAAUCCCUGAACACAAUGUUAAGGGACUUGAAGCCUACUGACCAGUGUGAAAUUGAUAAGAUGCUUGGUGAAUACUUUAGAAAAAAGGUUGAAGAAAAAAAAGAAAUUCAAAAGGAAGAAGAGGAAGAAGCAGCCCCUCUUUCCUGUGCUCCAUCAGCUCCAUCGGCACCAUCUGGGAAAAAAAAGGCAGCAAAACCAGGGAAGAAGACGUCGAGUACAGAGAGAACACUCCCACCUGCAGAACCCAUCGAACCGGUGCUUUGUGGCAGCUUAGCUAUUGGGGGAACAUCACUUGCUGUAGCUAAGGCUGGUGCCACUAUUAAUGAUAUCCCAUUGUAUUUACAUAUAGCACUGCUGAAAUAUAAUCAGGAUUCACCUAAAGAAAUGACUCUGCCACGUCCAAUGAUUACUCUGUUGAACUGUGAAAAAUUUUCACCUGCAAAACUGAAAUUAGUGAAAGAAGUUAUGCUCAUACCACCAGCUCAGUUAUCACUCAGACAGGGCAUAGAAAGAGUCCUGGAUAUACAGAAAGAAGUGAUGAGACUGUUGGAGCCUGCAGGGAAAGUGCCCAGUCCUCAACUAGCAGACAGUAAGAAAGGCAAAGCACAUAAUACAGGGAAGAAAGCUCCGCCACCGGCCUUAAAAAGAGUAUCACACUUAGGUUGCCUAAUAACAGGAUGGGAUAAUCUAGAACAACCUCUACUCCUAAUGCAAACAGCUUGCAACAACAUAGGUCUGGAGCUAGGAACAGACAUGUGUUUAGCAAUAAAUUGUGCUGCUCAUGAAUUAAUGGAUUACGUUAAAGGGAAAUAUGAAAUACUUACUGGAACAUUCAAAAGUCCUGAUGAAAUGGUUGACAUGUAUGUGGAACUGAUUAAUAAAUUUCCUUCUAUUACUGCAUUAGUAGAUCCCUUAAGGAAAGAGGACAGACAACAAUGGAAUAACAUUUGUUGUGCUCUUGGUUCCAAAUGUUACCUGAUUGCUGAAGAUGCUGCCACAAAUAUUUCCAAAAUUAAAAUAGACCAGAACAUGAAUGUACCAAUGUGCAGUGGUGUUGUCCUAAAAUAUAUUAAUCAAACCAAGGUAUCAGACCUCAUAGAAUUUACUGGACUUCUAGAUGGUCAAAGACAUAUUACCAUAUUAGGAAGUCCAGAUGGAGAAUCUUCUGAUGAUAGCCUUGUGGAUCUGGCUGUUGGACUGGGUGCCAGGUUUAUCAAGUUGGGAGGUCUUUCCCGUGGAGAAAGGGUGACCAAAUACAACCGCCUUCUUGCUAUAGAGGAAGAACUGGCCAAGAAUAGAACGCUACGGUCUGAAGCAAAUUUUGAAUUUCCUGAUUUUGCUGAAGAAACACAGCCAGGAAAAGAAGCGUCUGAUAUAAUUCCUCCCCCAGAGCAGGAUUCGUUACCUCCCCAGCUCUCUCAGCCAGCCCUGCAGGUUCACAGUUUGCCUGCACAGCUCCCAGAUAACAGCACACUGACCUAGGUUGCCCCCCAAAUUAACUUUUGGGUAAAUUUCUAAAAACAAAUUUUGGUAAGCAACUCAUAUAUUGCCUGCUACUUAAUCCAUUUAUUUUCAAGUACUUCAGCUAAAAAAAUUAAGCAUUCAAAUAUUAGCUUCUUUUCCCAGAAGCCCAUUACUUCCAGCUGAAACCAAGAUAACUGAACAGUGACUACAGUUUGAAAAUACUACAAAAUUCUGUGCUGUAUUUACAAGUUGACCAAACAAAUACUUCUGUGUUAACUUCAAAACUAAAUGUUUGUUUUGAGAAAGUAGAGAUCUCUCUCCACACAAAGAGUAAGCUAUUGACAAACAGUAAAAAAAACACAUUUUACAAAAAACAAAGGCCUUGACUGUUAUGCUGCUCCAGCCUCUCCCCACCCCCCCGCACAACCUCAAUGCUGCUCUUAGAUCUAGCCUACAAGGGAAAUUUUGCUCCAGUUCGAGCUAGCUAUCAAUACAAGUGCAUCAGUGCAAACCCCAAAUGUAGGGCACAAAGCUGUAAUUUGCAUCAAUAGGAAGCCUGCUUCAGUCUGAGGCAGGGAAUAACAAGUCAACUUCACAAGGUCUGGGAAACUUGUCAGUAGUCUUUUUAAUAAGCAACAGUGAAAAGAUAAAUAAAUAAUUUAUAUAGUAGGUAACAAAUAGUUUAAAAGAAUUUUUUUAAACUUCUGGUUUGGAAUCAUUUGAAAAUUUGAACAUAUAAUACAGCAGUAAUAAUUUGAGGAAAAAUACAUAUAUAAAAUGUUGCAUUUAAAAUUCAGUGUAACAGAUACAUAAGUGAAAAAUUAACCACCAAAACCACCGCUGCCCUCCAGAAAGCAAGGUAUCAAAUAAGGAGACAAAUUUCCCUAAGUUUAGGAAUUAAACAUAUUCAGUAAUUAGAUCAAAUCCAAGAUUUUCUUAGCAAACAUGCAAAAACACCAAAAAAGAUGUGAAACUACCACAUUCGUUACUAUCAUUUUAUUUUCAGGAAAAGCACCAGACAACUGCAUGCAGAGCCAAACUAACAAACUCUGAACAUUCAUCCUCCAAUACUAUCAAUGUUUCAAAUCAUUAAAUAAAAAAUAACCCAAGUGCAUUCAGGUAUGAGACCGCCCGAUUUUCAGUUACACCGAUCUUCCUUAGGUAAAUCCCUGAUUACAUUUGUUUGUUCAUUAUAAAAGAAUGCGAUACCAUGUUGGAUUUAAAAAGAAACUACAAUGGCAAGUGAACUGGCAGUGCAGCAGAUCAGUUAGGUACCUAUCUCACUGUCCUCAUAGGGAAUAAGUGCUGAGGGAAAGCGGGAUUUGUGUUACCAAUACAGAAAUCCAGAGCGUUACCAAAUGAAGAUCUUAAUGCCACCACUCUGUACUAGGUUCAAAGCAAAGGCAUCUUUAUUUAUGCUACUGGGUUUUACCUGGGAGUUCUCAAAAACAUUGAUUCCAAAUAACUUGCAACCCUUGAAUGACUGAAUCCCAAACAUAGUCCACACUCACGGGAGCCUAGGAUAACUUACUUUUUGCAGCAGCACAUGCAGAUUCCAGCUGCAUCAGUACCAAACUGCUACAUAAGACUAAAACAAAAACAAAAACAAAAAAACAAACAAACAAAAAAAA